GGCAGCAUUACUCAUAUAAUCUGCUUCCACGGUUCAUCAGCCGCUUGCCUCGCAGUAGGUAAUAACAUCAACAGCAGCCACAUUAUCGCCUUCUAGUCGAAGGGGAAUUCCCUGCAGCAUCAAUGAGCACGGUGCUUUUCUGCGAUCUUACGGCUUCGACAGGCUGUCCUGUGGCUUGAUUGAGCGCGCGCCGGCGGUCCACCACUUGGGUUGGGCAGGUUCAGUAGUUCAGAACGCGCUCUCAAAAGCAGUUCAGUGCGAGAAGUGAUCAGGUUAUCAACGAAGAAAUGCAAAAGUUAGUGCUUGCCGCUUUGACGGCAGUGAUCGGCUGUGGAUUAGUGCAAUGUCGAGACCCGUGUGUUUCAUAUACAAGUGCUUUGACAGAAAUUCAUGAAAUGCUCGAUUAUGAAAACGACAACCAUAAUUAUAAUAUGUAUAUUCACGGAGGACCAUCAUACGAAUCCAGAGCUCGCUAUAUUCUCAAAAGUUUAAACGCCGAUUUAAGACGAGCUAGAGCAAAUAAUUACAACGGCUAUAAUCCGAACAAAUAUAAUAAUAGACAAGGCACUGCCAAACCUGAUAGUAACUGUAAACAACUAGAAGAUGCAAUCCUGGCUAAAAGCCAAGAAUUCGGAAUUGAAAAAAUUGGCUUGGAAAGUAACUUAGUGCGCCUUAGAAAAGUAUUGGACUAUCAAGAUGAGCGGAACAACUUCCACUCGAUGCAGAAUCAAGAGUGCACAACAAAGGAGCAAAAAUGCGAAGAGGAUAAAUCCAGCCUGGAAGCCGAAAUUUCAGCAUUUAAUUCAACUCGCAAACAACUACAUAAAACAAUCAAAAGUCUCAAUGACACCAUCACAAAGCUUCAAAAUGAAAAGAAAGUACUGCUGACAAAACUGAAUGCCAAUGCACCGGCCAUUCAUGGGGCUACCGGAAUUGAGUAUCCUGUUGCAGGACGCGAAAUCAACAGUACAGCAUCCUUUUCGACAACCGAAACGUCCAUCCCAGUGCCAAAUGUUACGAGUACAGAAGCUGUGGAAGUUCCGGAGUCCAGUAGCGUUAUCCCGGAUAUUGAUUUAAGGAACGAUGCUAGUUAAUUUAGGAAUCGAACAUAAUUGCAGUAGUGAACGUUUUUGAAGCACGAAUAACAAAUGAUGCUAUUUGGGAA